UUUAUUGAGGAUAUUUCUAAACUAACCAUCAGGGACCAAGUCACUGGAUUGUAAAAAAAAAAUCACUCUGCUCCCUCUCCUUUCUCUCUCUCACUCUGUUCAUUUCAGUGAGCGGCACAGAGCACAGCAGCUCUUGAGCACCCAGCAGCACACAGAAUGCAAGGAAUCUACCCCCUUGUUAUAGACCAACAGCCCAAGUACCAGGGCUGAGAAAAGAUCUGAGAAGGGAAGGGUGGAAUUAGAAACCAAAAAAGGAAACUUUACAGAAACAAGGAGAAGAAAGACAAGGAGGAUCAUUAGUUGAGCAUUUGGCACUGGGGUUUAAAGUUGUCUCUGAGUGUCCUGGAUCUUAGUCCUCUCCUCUCCAUCCCUGUGCAGACAAGGUCAUGGGGUGGCUGAGGAGACUGGUGCUCUCCAUGUGCAUGCUUCUCAUUUUGCUUCAUGGUGUGGAGCCGGCUGUACCCCUGCAGGAUUUCUACCCAUUUGGCCUGGAUGAGGGUGACUCUCAGACCAUCGAGCAAGAUGAUGGGGGUUCAGGACUGUUAGCAAUCUCUGUGGCUUUCCCUUUCUUCGGAGAACGGCACAUGGGACUCUAUGUCAACAACAAUGGCCUGGUGUCUUUCCUGAGGGAGGUGUCACAGUUCACCCCAGUGGCUUUCCCUAUUGCUGGAGACCGCAGGGUGGUGGCUCCAUUCUGGGCAGAUGUAGACAACCGACGGGCAGGAAAAGUUUUCUAUCGAGAAAGCAAAGAUCCUGCCAUCCUGAGAAGAGCCACUGCAGAUAUUAAUCGUUACUUCCCUGAGUUCCCUAUUUUUGCCACUACAUGGGUGCUGAUUGCUACCUGGCAUCAAGUCACAUUUUUUGGUGGCAGCUCAAUAACUCCGGUCAAUACAUUUCAAGUAGUUUUGAUCACAGAUGGUGAGCUCUCCUUCACCAUCUUCCAGUACCACAAUAUUUCUUGGACAACAGGGAUGCAUGCCACCAGUGGUGGUGACCUAGCAGGCUUGGGAGGCAUAGCUGCACAGGCAGGUUUUAAUGCUGGUGAUGGGAGGCGCUAUUUCAACAUCCCAGGCUCUCGGACAGAUGAUAUUGUUGAAGUUGAAACCACCACAAAUGUGGGCUAUCCUGGUCGUUGGGUCUUUCGCAUUGAUGAUUCUCAGGUGCAAGUGGGCAGCUGCAAUGACUCAGCGUCGGUCUGUGCUAACUUAAGGCCCUGUCAAAAUGGUGGCCGUUGCAUUGAUGACUGCAUCACUGGAAAUCCCUCUUUCACUUGCUCGUGUUUGGCUGGCUUCACUGGACGCAGGUGCCAGAUAGAAGUCGAUGAGUGCUCAUCAUACCCCUGUCAGAAUGGAGGGACAUGUGUGGACAAGAUCAACCACUUCAUCUGCCUGUGUCCAGUGGGAUUCAUAGGGACAACAUGUGAGACAGACAUAGACGAGUGCCAAGAGACCCCAUGCCUCAAUGGAGCACAGUGCAUACAGGGUGUCGGCAACUUCACCUGCGUAUGCCAAGCAGGUUACACUGGGUUCCUAUGUGAGUCAGAUAUCAAUGAAUGUGUGUCCAUGCCAUGUUUGAAUGGAGCUGUGUGUGAAGACCUGGUGAAUAACUACACUUGCACCUGUACAGCAAACUUCACUGGAAACCUGUGUAAAACAGAGUUAGUUGUUAUGGAAAAUUCUUCUACUACUGAUGCUGCAAAUCAGACAGUGCCCUGUGAUGGAGAGAGUUGUGAAAAGCGUCAAAUCUGCGAGUACAUUGGCUCUGGACACUACAACUGCACCUGCACCCCAGGUUACUAUGGUGACGAUUGUGAAGAGGAGUGUCCCUGUCAGAAUGGAGGGGUUUGUGUUGAUGUGAAUGGCACCUGUGAAUGUCCAACAGGCUUCACUGGACUCUACUGUCAGCUUGAGGUAACACAAACCCCCUGUAGUAACAACAGGCCGUGUCCGGAUGGAGGUCCAUGCUUAGAGUAUGGUGGCAUGUACCUCUGCACCUGCCAAACUGGUAUUGACUUUGAUCACAAGGACUUCUACCCAUAUGUACAGCCCCAAUCGGCCUGUGAUUCCUCACCGUGUCAGAAUGGAGGUUAUUGCUAUGAGAGAGACGGAGGCUACAUUUGUGAGUGCAAGCACGGCUACAGAGGAAAGCAUUGCGAAAAAGUCAGAUUAAGUAUCUGUGCUUCUAGUCCCUGUCGUAAUGGAGGCUCUUGUAAAGAAGAAGCUGACAGCUACCGAUGUGUCUGUCCCUACCGUUUCACAGGGAGGCACUGUGAAGUGGGAAAGCCAGAUCCUUGUGCCUCCAGUCCCUGUCUGAAUGGGGGAACAUGUUUCCACUACAUUGGUAAAUACAAAUGUGAGUGCUCCCCAUCCUUCAUAGGAAGACACUGCGAGAUCAACAGAGGAUCCAAUCCGGCACUAGAAGGUCCGGACUGUGGCCCCCCUGUAAAAGUCAAGCACGCAGAGGUGCAGUAUUCCUCCACUACUCCAGGCUCCAUCACUUCUUAUGUAUGCCACCCAGGCUACACUCCCCUUUCAAGGGCCACCCAGAGCAUCUGCAGCAGCCAGGGUUCCUGGAGCCAGCCUCCAGUCUGUGAAGAGAUAAACGAGUGUUUGUCUCAUCCAUGUAUGAAUGGGGGAACUUGCCGUGAUAGGGUGGCUACCUACCUGUGUGAAUGUGAAGAUGGUUUUACUGGCCAGCGAUGUCAAACAGACAUUGAUGAAUGCCUUUCUGAGCCAUGUAAGCACGGAGGUACGUGUGAGGAUCAGCCUGGCUCUUACUUCUGUCACUGCCAGCAGGGCUAUGCCGGACAGGACUGUGAGAUAGAACAGGAUGGAUGUGAGCCAAAUCCUUGCUUGAAUGGAGGUGUAUGCCGAGGCUACAGGAGGAACCACCUGUGUGUGUGUAAAGAAGGUUAUGUUGGAGACCACUGCCAGACAUUGGAGAACCCAUGUGUCCUGCAGCCGUGCGGAAACCGAGGCGUCUGUUGGAGUGAUAGAAGGGGGAAUUACAGCUGUGCCUGCAGGGUGGGCCACACAGGGAGAGACUGUGAGAGAGAUCUGUUGCCUCCAUCUGGCCUGCAUGUGUUGCGGGUAGAAGAAAAUGAAGUUGAGUUACGCUGGGAUCAGUCAGAUGCCACUCAGAAUUUAAUCAGUGGCUUUGCUGUUGCCUUUGCUCCUGUUGGUCGUGGACCGAGGAAGACAGACUUCCUGAAAAAGCAGCAUUCUACCUAUGUACUACAGGGCCUGAACCCCGGACAGCUUUACAACAUCUCCACCUUCUCCGUUAAACGCAACACCAACAGCAAUGACAUAAGUCAGCCAGCUUUCGCUCUCAUCCGCACUAGGCCACGUAAGGUGGAACAGCUGGAGGUAGUGAAUGUGUCGUCCUCUCAGGUUUGGCUGCGGUGGCUGGUGCAUGUUGGCCGCCAUGCUGGGGUCAGUCAGGUUCGGGUGUCCCUGGUGCCUGCAGAUGGUAGUGGACCUCGCACAGCUGUGCUCAAUAGCAGCGUAACAGAGUAUACCUUUAGCACAUUGCUCCCAGGUCAGAUGUACACAAUAGAUGUAGUCACGCAGAGUGGUCUGCGCCCUGAAGACCUACCAUCAACUAGCAAAUCUGCUGGCCCACUGCACUUCUGGACCAGACCGCUUCCACCUCAGAACCUUUCCCUCUCUCACAUCACCACCACCUCGGCUCGGGUCACAUGGGACCAUCAUCCUCGGAGUCUUCCAGAUGGUUUUGUGGUCAAUAUUACUCAAGGCCUGAGCACCCGUAGCCGCUACCUACCUGAUGGAAGUUUAGGGACUUAUACACUACGAGACCUCAUUCCAGGACAACAUUACCGACUUGCCCUCACUGCUGUAUGCAAAAUGGGCCAGGACAACUUUCAGAGCGUCCCUCAACACCUAGCCUUCACCACAUUACCAGUUCCAAAGGGCCAAAGCAGAGGUGACAGACUUAAGGGAGGACAGGACUACCAGACAGGACAGACCUUGACACAAGUUCAAGAUGACCACACAGAACUCCUUGAAGAGCCCCAAAGAUAUACAGAGCUUAUUGACAGAAGAGGGAGAAUUACAGCUAAAUUUACCAACCUUCCUCAUAAAACCAUCAGACACCACACAAAGCCUGACCCUCCAAUCAAAUUAGAAAAGAUGGAAGAAACCACCAACAAGAUAAGUCUAGCUCUGGAAAUUCCUGAAGAAGUGACAACGAGUAAAUCUGAAUCAUCCCAAGACUGCAGAACUCAGCCCUGCCAGAAUGGUGGAACAUGUGCGCAGAUCAACGAGUCGUUCAGCUGCAACUGUGCCGCUGGUUUCAAGGGCAGACGGUGUGAGCUAUAUUGUCAGCGAGUACCUCCAUGUACUCGCCUUUACUCUGAAACAAAGAGUGUGCCUGUGUGGGAGGAUGGUGUCUGCCAUUAUUUGUACAAAAGGACAUAUAAAGUUCAGCAGGAUGUUUGUUUUAGAGAGAUAUGUGAACCUUUGCUGCCUAAGAAAGUACUGCCCAAGACUCCAAACAGAAGAACUCAAAAACAAACAACAAUAAUGGAGGUUGAAUCAAUGACAGCUUUGGGGAGUAAUUGCUUCUCUUAGUCUUAGUUUAAAUGAGGAUGUAUUACCAUCAUUGUUUGACCCUUUUUUUGCAUCACUGUUCACCUUUUAUUGGCUACAUUGUCCUAUGGAUGUAUAUUUGUUCAUUUACAGCUCCAAAUCUGUAGAUGAGCUUGACCAUAUGAUUUAGGAGUUAUCUGCAUCAAAUAGCAUACCUCAAAUGUAAAUAUUAUGUGAUAUUGACAUCUAGUGGCCGUCAAGUCCCUCAGGGAAUUUUUGUUGAAUCAUUGCCUGUUCAGUCUCCAAAACCUACAAGUAUUUUCAUUCAACUAUUCAUUCAAACCUGGUUCUCUCCAAAAUACUGGAAAAAUAAAUGUCAUACCAUUGUUUCUGUUUGUGUAACAGAAAACUGUCUGCUAGCUACCAUGUAAAUAGUGUUUAUAGUCUGUUUUUGUAGUUGAAUAUUUUAAUA